AUGUCGUUCUUUGCCACACAUGCCUACUCUCCCCCCCGCAAGUCGCUCUCGUUCGACAACACCUCGCAUGGCCGGUUGCGCUACGAUUCGCGCGAGCUGACGCCCGACUCGCUGCUCGCCGACUUGGAUCUGUCGCCGGCGCCGGCUCCUGCUCUGGCCCGGCCGUCGUCGUCGUCGCUGCUCUCGGCUGCGGUCCGCGAGCCGGUGCCCCGCCAUGUACAUACUCCUACGCCCAAUAAGGCGCCGCGGAGCAGGCUGGCGUCGCCAGCACUGGCCAGUGUUGGGCGAGUCCGCCGCAGUGGGCGGGUGGGCCGGGUGGGCCAUGCCGGCCUCUCGUGGGGCACACCCGAGCCGGAUGCCGACCGCUCGCGGUCACUGUCGCAGUCGAUGGCUUCGCUCUCGUUGGCUCCGGACUUGCGCGGCCAGGCAUCACCGACGCGGCCAUCGUCUCGGCCAUCGUCGCGGCCAUCAUCGCGGCAGCUGUCUCGGCCGGCGCGGCCGGCACACCCGCCACGUGCCGCCAAUCGCAGCGGCUUCCGAGUUGAGCUGGACUCGGAUUCGGAGAGCGACUCGUCGCAGUCUUCCGACAUCGGGCUCCUUGCGCCGCAUGCGGCGGUGUUUGCGACUGGAUCGAGCGCGGGCAGCCGAGCCUCGCCGCCGCCUCGGUCGCGGGCGGGUGCUGGCUCGGGCGCGCCCAGCGUGAGCCCGACCCGCACCUUCCGCGCGCCGGUCCUCCACGUCGACGUCGACGACCCGAGCGAAAUCGACUCUAACGUGCGACAGAGCGCGAUGUCGGCGUCGGACGACGGCGAGAUGUCGGACGAGGUGCUUGACUCUGCAAGCAUGUACGCUGGCGUGGCCAGCAGCAUUGGCGCACACGGGCAAGGGAUUGCGCAGCGCACGCAGCGCAUGCCCCCUCUCCGCGACCUCACGGUGGAGCCACUGCGGCUCAUCGAGGACGAGCGGCAGGCCGAGGUGGCGGCGUCGCAGGCACAGCAGACGGCGUCGUGGACGGCGCACGAGGCCAAGGCGGCAAGUACGGCGGCGGCGCAGCUAAAGUCCUCGCUUGGCGCCGCCAACAAGGUCCAUGCCGCGCUCGCCUCGCAAGUUGCCGACGUCAACGAGCGGACCGACGUGGCGCUUGGCUUGCUCCGCGUCCAGCUCCGCGAGCGGUUCGAGAGCGAGAACGCAGACGGUGUGGCGCGGGUCGAGGCGUACCUGGCGGCCAAGGCCGCCGAGGCAGAGCGGGUGGCACUGGUCCUCGACGCCAUCAACGACGCCGUCGCCGAGGUGAUUGCAGACGUCGCUGCCGAAGCCGCUGCCGAUCUGGCGGCCGAGGUGCUGGCUGCGGCCAAGGCCAAGGCGCAGGCUGCCGCUGAAGCCAAGGCAGCCGCUGAGGAGGCGGCCAAGGCUGCGGCCAAGGCGGCCGAAGCGCAGGCGGCCGAGGCGGCCGACCCCAAUCUUCGCGGCGAAAAGAUGGAGGGCUAUCCGGGGCGCGAGUUUGCGUCCGGGCUGGCGUACAUCGAGUACCUCGAGCUGUGCAAGACAAGCGCGACCGCGCAGAAUCUGGUCAAGACGACCGAGAGCAACCCCAAAAUGGCCGAGGCUGCGGCAGCCAUCAAAAAGGAGGUGACUACCCGGAUCAACCAAGUCUCGAGCGAGCCGCGCAAGAUUGCCCAGCUCUGGCAGGUCUUUGACUCGUUUGCCAAGAGCAUGUCCGGCGAGGUCCAGAACCUGCUGUUCCAGAUGGUGGCGACGCAGGUGGUGACCCAGGGCCAGCAGGUGGUUGGCGGCAAGCGGACCAAUGUCUUUCCGCUCGCUGUUAUCUGCGCCCGCCUCGUCCGCGACUCGCCGAACAUGCACGCCAUCAUGCGGGCUGAGUUCUGUCGCCGCUGCAUCUACACCGUUCCGCUGACGUUUGACAAGGACAAGGUCGGCAAGAACUACGCCCGGCUCAUCGGGCGAGUCGGCGGCGAGAACGUCGAGCGGUAUCUGGAGCGCAUGAGCGGGUACUUUCAGAUCUUUGUUGCGUACUUGGUCUCGAUCCCAGACGUUCCGUCGCUGUGGAAGGUCCUUGCCCGCCUCCUCAACCUCCAGCCCAAGCCAGUCAUCCUCGGUUGCGUUCACUCGCUGCUGGACAUUGCCGGCUUUGUGCUGCAGAGCCAGUACCCGCAUCAGAUGUCCAAGAUCGUGACCUACAUCCACACGCUCUGGCUCCCGCUUGCAGGUAACGACGCGUUUUCGACCUCGUGUGCAGGCCUGCUCGCGCACCUGCUGUCGUCGCCGCUUGCGCCACCGGCCGACUACAUCGCCCCGCUCUCGUAGGCGUCUGCACCUGCUCUGCUUUACUGGCAAUCCUACUGCGGCUGCACAAGCUCGCCAUUUCGGAAGUCGAUAAACGCCUGCAUGAUCUCCUCA